AUGAGUCACUCCACUCGCUCAAUUGCUGGCAGUGAUCAGACAGAGCGGUUUGCUACUAAUGAAGAAACAUUCGUGCGAGGACUUGCCGAAACAGUACUAAAAGAUUCCGACAGUUCUCAACUCGCGCUAUGUGACCAGUCUUCCAGUUCUAACUAUUCUGAUUUAUCCCAAUGCUCCGACUUUGAUACCAGCGACGAUAGUGUGAUUGGUUAUCAGUACCAGAACGACGAAGAUGAUGGGACUGGCGUCGGUGUUAUGGAGCAUACAAAGCCUUCUAUCCAGAAGAAAGACCCUGGCCCGUCAGUUCGGCUCCGGAAUGCCAAUGAGUUUAGAGCUGUCAUGAUGUCGCAGAUCGAGGAUCCUGCUAUCCCGGGCCUAGAUAAUACCGGGCUGCCUCUUCUGUCUCAUUUCACGUCAAGUAAAGACAAGGAAUUCCGCCUUUUGCGUCCCGAGCGGACCGAAUUAGAUUGGAAAAAUGGCGUUCGGAGGUCAUUGCUGUGCCUUCGCACCUUGCGUGCUGCACAUGGGCAGUUGUGUGGCGUCGAGGCCCCAGCAGAUCAGAGAUGUACUGCCUGCACUAAUAGCAAGGGUCCUUUCGAGCACUGUCGGAUUGUUUUCGUACGAGACCGUGCCGAAUGGAGUGGGGCGUGUGCAAACUGCAGCUUUGGGGUCGGAAUCCAGAAUUGUUCUUUUCGUCUUCAGGCCUUACUGAAUGUGCCAUGGGCCGUUGCCCCCGUGCCUAAAAAUCAGCCCUUGAUAAAUGAAGGGUUCAUACCCACGAAGUCCACCGGUCAAAAGCGUCCUGCGGCUGCAGCCGAAUUAGACCUGCAAUCGUCGAUAAAUCGACGCAUCAGAGACACUUUUCACGGGCAUAGACACUCCAUCUCAAACGGGACUCCCGUUGCCCCGAAUACUGCAAACAAAGAGCAGCACGUUAAGCGCCGCAAGUCAGAAGUUGCUCUCGCAAAGCCUAGUAGGAGCGCCACUAAGGACGCACCUCCCAAACUCAAGAACGGAGGGCUCCCAUUUAACAAUACCUGGUACAAUUCGCCUCUUGAAGAUCCUGAAGUGUACCGUAUGAAACAUAAAGCCUAUGUCAUCGACGCCUACAACGAUCUUGCAGGCAUCAUCGCGCGCACCACGGAGGAUCACGGUCGUAUGAAAGCAGCACUGGUUAAGAAAGGGUUCUUGCUUGAGUCGGAUGACGAGUCGGAGGAGAAUGUAUUUGCUAUGGGUUGA